AUGGCAGAUGGAAGAGGAAAGUUAGAGUUGAUUCAGGAAAAAACUACCAGGUCUGGCAGAUCCUUUCGUCCAGAUACUGGGGCGCAGCGAAGAGCUUCAACAUCUGGUCCUUCUGGACCAUCUGGAUUAUCAGGGGCUGCACCUCUACAAGUUAAACCAAAAGGAAUGUCGUCUGAAGACGUUUUAGCUCUGGCACUAGGGAAAAUUAAUGAAUCUUUGGAAAACCUAAGUAAACAAGUAGCUGAAACAAAUAAACAAGUAGCUGAAGCAUUAGUUAAAAUUGACCAAAAUACUACAAGUAUUAAUAAUUUGGGACAAAAGGUGAACACCAAUACAGAGACUAUUGAGAAAUUGUUACAGGAAUCUGCUUUGACCCGAAAGACAGCUGAAGAAGCAAAGGACAUAGCAACUGCUACUGAAGAGAAGAUACCACCGAUAUAUAGGCAACUCGAGGACCACAGGUUGACGUUGUCUAUGAUUGAAUUGAAGGAAAAACAAACGUAUUUGGGAAUCAGGGCUGUACCUGAACUUGAGAAAGAUAAUUUGAUUGACUUUCUUACGCAGGUAUUUGCAGAUUUCUGGCAACAGGAUUUGGGGGAGGAAGAAUUCAAGAUAGUGAGCGCAUUCAGGCUUGGAAGAGGAGGAAGGAGGAACAAGGUGAGAGACUGUUUGAUUACCCUUCGAACAAAAGAGGAGAGAGACAAAAUCUUGAAUCUGCACUUCCGAAAGACUUUGGAAAUACAUGAGUCAAGUGUGGAGAUAUUUAAGGACAUUCCAAAACAUCUUUUGGACUUAAGGUUUAACUACGGAGACCUGGUUGCCCUGCUGAGAAGUAACAGAAUCAUCUUUAGGUGGGAAUUUCCCCAAGGCCUGUCCUUUAAAUAUAAAGGAAGAAAGAUAAAAAUAAGAUCAGUCGAUGACAAAGAUAGAUUCUUGAAAGACCACGGAGAAGACUUACAGAAAGAAGUGGAAUCUGGAGAAGAGCCAAAAGCACUGGAAAGAGGAAUAUUAGAUAUAGCAAAUUUAUCUUUUGGAUUGCAUGGUUCAGAGAAAGUGACACCACCGACAGAACAAGAACAAACACUUGGUGCAGUUGGAGGUAAAGCAAAGUAA